AUGAAGGCUGUCAGAGGAGGAAACCAGUCUGACGACUCUGACAACGACAUGGAUGUCGAUGAGCCGCGGCAACCGCAUCGCAACCUGAAACGAGCUCAUGGCGGAGAAGUCAAAUUCUGGAUCUCUGGCGUAGAGUUUGACAAGUCGACGGAGAAGGAGGAAGCAUACGGAUGGACCAACGUUGGGGGUGGGUGGAACUCGUUGGGGCACUGGCUGACCGCAGACGAGGUCACUGGCAUGAUCACGGAGAAGGAGCGAGGUGUCCGGGCAGCAGUCUGGUCACCCUCUGGUAUGGGGAAGAACGCAGGCAGCCUGCUGGCGGUGCUUAGCAACACGUUUCAGGUCUCGCCGUUUGCUCCGGGUUUGGACCCAUACCGAACAGAGCUUGUCGAGAUCGCGGAUGUCACGCUAGAGACUCGGAAGAGACUGCCGGAAGACGAGCAGGAGCAGCUCACUGCGUGGGGAAUGCUGAGGCUGCGAGCCAUGUGUGUGGCAUGGUCAGAGUUUAUUCCUGUGCAAAGCAUGAUCGGAGAAGACGGUAGUCUGCUGGCGAUCGCCAACCGCGCAGGCGGGGUGGACUUUUGGAGCUACGCCGGCUCCAAACUCACGCACGUGGGGGAGAUCGCCAUCAGUCGUCCAUGGGUCUCGCGUAUGAGCUGGUCCGGCUGGACAUUGGAGGACGAUGCCUCUCUGGCUGCGACCGACGGAUCCAUCUCCACGGUCAAUGUUAGGAGAAGCGCAGUCGAGGGCAAGUGGGACAUUGAGGUCGAGGACCCGCACGAGGUCUUUCCCGCCGACAAGCGGCUGGCCACGUUCAUCAAGUGGGUCAAGACAGGCUACCCCAACAAUCCAGCUCCGCAAGAGAACAUGCUUGUCUGGUGCAGGCCGGGCACCGUUCACAUGGCCACCCAGAAGGGCAUCACCGAAGUUCGCCUGGAGCGAGUGGGCAACUGGGCUGGAUGUAAUGCGCUCGAUCCUUGCAUUGCCCCCGACACCUUGACCGUUGUCCUCUCGUCGCUGACCUACCAUGUCAUCGAACACAUCACAUCGAAGCCGGCAUUGGCACCUCUUGAUUCGUUGCGGUCAACACUGUCAUCACGAGACAUCGCUCUCGAGGGCUUCCGCAACCGCAGACGCAAGUACAACUAUGCGUCUGACCGUGAGUUGACGACUCACGCCGUCGGGUGGGAUGCGAUGGAUGCCUCUGGCGACAUCGUAUCGUUCUUGGAUGAUGCUACAGACGUGCAUCGCGUGACAGACUUCAUCGUGGCCAACCUUCAGACAUCAGCGCAAGAGCCGAAGGAUCUGACCAAAGAGCUCGCUCGCAUCAUUGAGCACCCUCCUGAUCUCAUUGAUGACGGCCGUUUGGGGUCAUCGCCCGUUGGACGUGAACCGCUUGCGCUACGUUCUUGCGCACGGACAUUCCCAGCCGUGAGCAGCGAGUUUGGCGUGGUCGUGAGCACGUACUUUGAGGCGCUGCAGCGACUCACUGCUGCCAUUCAACUGAACUGGGCAUCCAAGCGUAAGGGCGAUCUCGGUAAGCUCGACGCACAGUACCUGCGCAAUUUAGCCACUGUUGCGGGCAGCAGCCAGGACUUGCCCGAGUCUCUGCGGGUCCCUGCAGAGGGAGAUGACGCUGGUGAUCCAUGCCCUGCAUGCGGCAGUGUCGUUCCUCCUGGCCAAGGCGCCUGCAUCAAGGGACACAAAUGGGGUGAGAAUCUAGUACUUUGGGAUCAAGCUAACAAAUCAGAACGGUGCUCCGUCACGCAUCUCCUCAUCACCACGCCUGAGUGCCGGCUGUGUACCAUCUGCCCUGCCGUCGCCCUACUCCCACGUAGCCUUGGGGGCGAGGAGAGCGAGGGCGAUGCGCUUGUGCAGAGCGCGCUCGAGGCUGCGGCCGCCUGCCUCAUGUGCGGUGGCCGCUGGGCGAAGCCAGCAUAG